AUGAUUGACAACAUCAGUGCUACUCUUGAAGGCUCCUUCAUCCUGCUGGGCUUCUCCAGGUGGCCUCACCUGGAAGUAGCUCUCUUUGUGGUGAUCUUGAUCUUCUACUUGAUGACACUUAUGGGCAACCUGUUUAUCAUCAUCCUGUCACGCCUGGAUGCCCAUCUCCACACUCCCAUGUACUUCUUCCUCUCAAACCUCUCCUUCCUGGAUCUCUGCUACACCACCAGCUCCAUCCCCCAGUUGCUAGUGAACCUAUGGGAUCCAGAAAAGACCAUUUCUUAUGCUGGUUGUAUGAUUCAACUCUACUUUGUCCUUGCCCUGGGAACUACAGAAUGUGUCCUGUUGGUGGUGAUGUCCUAUGACCGCUAUGCAGCGGUAUGCAGACCCUUGCACUACACUGUGCUCAUGCACCCUCAUUUUUGCCGCUUGCUGGCUGUAGCUUGUUGGAUAAGUGGCUUUACUAACUCAGCACUUCAUUCACUCUUUACCUUCUGGGUACCCUUGUGUGAGCAUCACUUAGUAGAUCACUUUUUCUGUGAAGUCCCAGCACUCCUGAGAUUAUCCUGUGUGGAUACUCAUGUCAAUGAGCUGAUCCUUCUGGUCACCAGUUCUAUUUUUGUUGUAAUUCCACUCAUUCUGAUUUUGACCUCUUAUGGUGCUAUUAUUCAGACUGUGCUGAGGAUGCCAUCAACCACUGGGUUUCAGAAAGUCUUUGGCACAUGCGGAGCCCAUCUUAUGGUUGUUUCCCUGUUUUUCAUCCCAGCCAUGUGCAUAUAUCUGCAACCUCCAACAGAAAGUUCUCAAGAACAAGGCAAAUUCAUUGCUCUCUUUUAUACUGUGGUCACACCCAGUCUCAAUCCUCUAAUCUACACCCUCCGAAACAAAGAUGUAAGAGGGGCGGUAAGGAGACUGAUGGGGUGA